CGCCUGCAAUCCAAGCCCAGUCGCUGCACCCGCAGACACUCAGAGACUUUGAGACAUGCGCCGUUCGAGUCUGGCAUCUUCGAGUCUGGCAUCGUAGCUCUCGGGCGUGCCGUCACCUGCCCACUAUCUCACAGCACCCUGCUAUCGCUGCCACGGCCAGUUCGCAGGUGCCUCGCAUCGACCCUCUCCGUUCCUCCUCCACCUCCCUUUCUUUGAUCCUUCCCGCGCUGCUCCCGCGCUGGAGCAGCUCCAAGAUGCCCAAUCCACCAUGUUCUUCGUGCUACAUGACUGCCCUUCCGAACCAAUCAUAGCGUCGUCGUCUUACUUGUGCCUGGAGCUAUGGCGCCGCGGGCCCCGUCCCCGCCACGCUACCCGCAGCGUCCUGAGUUGUCCAGGGAUCACUCCCGCGCCUCAAAGGCUUCAGUUCCCUCCGUCUCCCCCUCCAACGAAGCCGACGACGAGCAGUCUGGUUCCGAUCACGACUCUUACAGCACCAUGGGCCCCCAGUCGCGCACCCGCGAGCCCUACGACGGGGAGGACACCCGCCUGACAAGCACAAAGGAGCUGGCUGGCUUCUAUAUGUAUGGCUGGGCCGCCGAGGUCUUUGUAGUGUGCGGAGUCGGCUCCUUCAUACCCAUAACCCUCGAACAACUCGCCCGAGAGCGAGGCGUGCUCCUCUCCGACAAAACAACACCAUGUAGCGCCAGCUUCCACGUAGAUCCCCCAGGUCUCAACAUCACCUCCUCCCUGAUAGGCCGCUCCCCCAAACAAGAGCCAGGACAAUGCGUGGUCCACAUCCUUGGUCUUGAGGUCAAUACCGCUAGUUUCGCUAUGUACACUUUCUCCAUCAGUGUUUUAAUCCAAGCUCUGUUAAUAAUCUCCAUGUCCGGCGCGGCAGAUCAUGGCCGUUUCCGGAAGACCUUCCUACUUUCCUUCGCAUUUAUCGGCGCUAUAGCUACCAUGCUUUUCCUUCCUAUUGUUCCGAGCGUAUACCUCCUGGGUGCAUUGCUGGCGAUUAUUGCGAAUACUUGCUUUGGUGCUUCGUUUGUUCUCCUGAAUUCUUUCCUCCCUCUACUUGUUCGACACCACCCGACUGUCCAGUACUACCCAGAGGACUCGGCAGACCAGUCUUACAGCGACGAGAUCCCCAUUGAAGGUUCCAGCUCGUCUUCAUUACGAGAGGAAGCACGCUACUCGAAUGAGUUGGCCGGGGAGGAGACCCUACUCGACGGCGUGAUCGACUCCACCACCGCCCUCCUCCACCAUAACAGGUCCACUGCCGAUCUCACAAUCCCCAACCCGCGUUCUCCCGCAACUGCGUCCAUCGAACUCGCCCUCUCAACCAAGAUCUCAUCCUACGGAAUUGGCAUUGGAUACAUCGCCGCCUUAAUCGUGCAAACCCUCUCUAUCGUCCUUAUCGUCUCCACCUCCUCCACUACUUUCUCCCUCCGCCUCGUGCUUUUCGUAAUAGGCUUUUGGUGGUUCAUUUUCACCUUCCCCACCGCCCUAUGGCUACGCCCUCGCCCCGGACCACCCCUCGCCCUCCCUCCCUCCACCACCCGCGCGCGCGCGGCCCUCGCCUACUUUACCUACAGCUGGAAAGCCUUAGGCCGCACCGUCACGCACGCCCGUCGCCUCAAAGACGUCCUCCUCUUCCUCGCCGCCUGGUUCCUCCUCUCCGACGCCAUCGCCACGACCUCAGGCACCGCCGUGCUUUUCGCCAAGACCUCCCUCGAGAUGAAGCCCGCCGCGCUCGCCCUCAUCAACGUCAUCGCCACCGCCUCGGGCGUCGUCGGCGCCUUCUCCUGGUCCCGCCUCUCCAUCUGGAUGCGCCUGCGGCCCUCCCAAACCAUCCUCGCCUGCAUCCUCCUCUUCGAGACCAUCCCCCUCUACGGCCUGCUGGGGUACAUCCCCGCCAUCCAGCGGCUGGGCGUCGGCGGGCUGCAGCAGCCGUGGGAGAUGUACCCGCUCGGCGCCGUGUAUGGGUUUGUGUUAGGCGGGUUGUCGAGUUAUUGUCGGAGUUUGUUUGGCGAGCUGAUCCCGCCGGGGUUCGAGGCGGCGUUUUAUGCGCUCUAUGCGAUUACGGAUAAGGGGAGUAGUGUGUUUGGGCCGGCGAUUGUGGGGGCGAUUACGGAUCGGUGGGGGAGUAUUAGGCCGGUAUGUUAUUCCUCUCCUACCCCCCUUUCUUCCGGAAGAACAGAGGCUGGUGGCUAGUUCACGCGCUGGGGAAAUGACAUACAUUCUCGGGACUUUCGGGCGCGUUGAGGCACCCCUGACGGCGUUGGCACAAAGUCUGAGCCACAGCUAACUCUUCGUGAUCUAGGCGUUCUGGUUCCUCGCGCUCCUGGUCGGUGUCCCGUUCCCGAUUAUGCUGUUUGUGGAUGUCGAGCGCGGGCGCGCGGCGGGCGUGGCGCUGGCGGAAGAAUUGG